AUGCCUUACACGCCUCCUUCUCAGCGGUCGCCAGCCACCUCCAAGACGAACAGCCCUAUCCUCAGUCGCAACCAUUCCUACAUCGACCAGGCGCCCCGACCCUCUCCAGCGGUCCAGCGGCCUGCACUGCCCCGGUCUGUUUCGUCUGCGUCCUAUCUCAGCAAGAACCGACGCUCUCCCUCCUUCUCCACGGUCGACAACACAGCGGCCAAUGGUCAGACGGCCAAUGGCAGCGUAGACUCGGUGUCUCCUGCAACCCGUAGCCGUACCCAUGGUAGCAUACGCCAGUCUCCUCCCCCUCUGAACGAUCUUCUGAUUCCGGCAGGUGCGAUUACGACGCCUCCUGAUUCCUCGGACGACGAAGAGCGAGGUCGGAAUCUGGGUAACCUCCAGGAGCUGCAGGAUGCCCUGUUGCACAUCAAUGUCAAGCGUAGCCCUUCGCCCGGUGGAGAAGAGGUCGCAUCGUCAGCGCCCAACGACGCACCCCAGCAGCCAAGGACAGCCGUCCGCUCACUCUCAGCCGAGGCCCGCAAGAUCUCACACUCUCGUUCAUCGAGCGACAUCAUGCUGUCCAAACACAUGAUUCACCCGCUCAACACAGACCCAGUGAUGAGCUCCUCAGACGGGUCUGACGCCGAGGAUGAUGAACUACGGAUCAAGCCUCCGCUACUACGCAAGAAAUCUGGUGAGCUUGUCAAGCCUGCGCUCCGGCCUUCGUCGCGACGCAGGCCCUCGAGCAUGCCGGGCACACCCACUUACUCGAAAGCGGUACACUUCAACGAGGACAUUGAGCAAGUUCGUCACUUUCUGCACUCUGAGCGACCCAUUGCUGUCAGUGCGGGCUCUUCUCCAGUCGAGACGUAUGACAGCGAGACGGAGUAUCCCUUUGGUGACGACUCACGAUCCAAGACGCCCGAGUGGGAGAUCAAGCUUGCCAACUUCCCGGUACACGAGACGUAUGAGCGUCAGACCGCACCGGUCCGUGUUGAACGCAUCUUCCUCGCCUCGGAUAACCAGACGUUGGUUGGCAACAUUGCCUGCGCCAAUCUGUCGUUCCAAAAGUUGGUCGUGGCUCGCUUCACGCUUGACUACUGGAAGACUACGUCUGAGGUUGUGGCCGAGUUCAAUCACGAUGUGCGCAAGAAGCAAAAGGAAGACGGCUACGAUCGUUUCAAUUUCAACAUCAAGUUGGCUGACCAGGCCAACUUGGAGUCGAAGACCCUUCUGCUCUGUGUACGGUAUCAGGUUGGCGGCCAAGAGUUUUGGGACAACAACAACUCGAUGAACUAUCAGGUCGAUUUCACUAAGAAGGUUACGAAGAAGCGAGAGAACAAGCGCCCGACCGGUGGUCUGGGUGCGAUCCCUCGAAGCCGCCACUCGCCUCUGGCUGCCCGUCCCAAGUCUGUGCCUGCUGCCUCGUUUGACGACGACUUUGGCCAUGACUUUGACAGCCAGUUCCACUUUGGCGGCGGCCGUGCCAUCAUUGCUGAUUCACCCAAUACGUCCAUCAAGUUGAAGCCUAGGAGCAAGCGUGGUAGCAUCUUCCCAGAUCAGGCCAAGCAGUCGCCAGUCGGGCAGGCUUUCUCUGCCCGCUACGACUUUGGCGCCUCGCUUACCGCCGCUCUCUCGACCGCUCAAACUGCCCUUGGUGACCGCAGUGGACUCAAGAUGAACAUGGCCGAUGCAACGCGCAACUGCUACUUCGACCGUCCUGCCGUGGCCCAGGCUAAUGCGACUGCUGCUGCUCCUCCGAUUCCUGGUACUCGUCCCGACUCCCUGACAAUGGAGAAGCCUGACCUUCAAUCCGCGGAAUACAACGAGUUGAUCCAGAAGUUUUGCUUUUUUGGCACACCUACCGGGAAGAUCUCUCCAAAUACUGCUACUACCCCGGCAGUACAGCACCCACCCCGUGGCGAUGGAGCUACCGAUGAUGUGCUGAACAGCGGUUCUGGUAGCAACCAGUCCUCUGCCACUAGCAGCCCUCCCUCGCCUGCCAUGGCUCUCUUUGUGGAUGGUGCCAAUGACGCCAUGCCGUCACAAAGCACCUCACCCUUUCUCUCUCGUUCUGCCUCACCUGGGCCGAUUACUGGAUCUGGGCCCGAGGAUCACUUUGGGUCCCAGUAUCAGUAUGGCUAUGGUAUGUCUGGUGGUGUGUUUCACGAGCAGCAUGACGAUAUCUGCACGACGAAUCUUCUUGGACACGAAGUACGCUUACGACCUAGUGAUGAGAUGAGUGGAGCGGACGUUCCUGGUUUCCUAGGAGCCGAGCGCUCACGAAUCUUGUUCAUCCGGUACGAGACGUUGUGA